AUGGAUCCAGGCUCUGAUGAAACAUCAUCCGAUGAAACUGAAAGUACAAAUAGUACAAAUAGUUCUGAAGAACUUGAUAACAACAGUUCUGAAGAUAAUGAACCACUAAACGAAGAAUUUGAUCAAACUUCAAUCGAUUCGGGACUGAAAUGGUUAAACUCCCCUGUUCGUGUUUAUCUUGAUUCAUUUUCAAACAGUCUUAUCAUUGUCAAUCAUAUAGCCAAUAAUAUUGUUCGUUGGCCAUUAGGUGCCACCAGUUGGGCACUGCCCGCUGGUGAUAUCAAUGGAAAUCAAGAAAAUAAUGCAACUACGUUAUAUCAUCCAACAGAUGUGAUUUUUGAUCCUAUGGGUAAUAUGUAUGUUGCUGAUAGAGAAAAUCAACGAAUGCAAUUAUUUAUGAAUGGACAAACAGAAGGAAUAACAAUUGCUGGAGUAACAGAUGUAAGUGAUAGUAAUUCUACAUUGUUGCAUAGCCCCUGGUCGGUAGAACUUGACAGUCAACUCAAUUUAUAUGUUGCCGAUUCAGGUAAUCAUAGAAUACAAAAGUUUUUACGAUAUUGA